AUGGUUCGUCCGAGUCUACGGUCCGAUCUUUCCGUAAGUUUGCUUCGCAAAUGCUGCGCCUCCAAUCGGCGGAUACCGGGCAACCUCAUUUCAGUGUUCCAGUCUUCCCUGACGCCUUCGAGACUCACGCGCGGAAGCAGGGCUUUCUCAAUCCGGCCUGCGAUUGGAUCAGCUCUCGCCAUUUGCCAGUCUUCCGCACCGCGAGUUUCCUUUUCGGCCGGGAAACUUUUUGAGUAUGCGAGUCACAAAGGCAUCGGACCCAAAAGUGGCUCCUCACGUUCCGACACGGUACGCCUUUUUUCCUUGGAAACGCGCAGGACGGUCUUGAUCAACGAGGACGGAUUUAAAGUUCACGUUUCUUAUCGAGGCGAACAGUCGAGUUUUGACGCUUCUUGGUUGUGGCACAACGAUCCUAGCUACGUGCACCCAUCGUCGGGUCAACGACUGCGGUCGUCUCCGUGGACGGGGUUGGGUCGUGCAAUCGAAUCGGCAUGUAUCGUUACAGAGAAAAGGGCACAGUCGGAAGCAUCGGAAGGGAUUGUCAUCCCCAGUGCGGCUCCACUGGGAAGUCUGCAUCCGAUCGGUAACUUAUACCAAGGCCCCAUUGUCCAAAUGGAUGCCUCGUCACGGCUAUUGCUACGAAUUCUAUGGAAAAAGACCCCGAUCGAUGAUCCUUCUACUUUGGCACCCAUAUCUUUCUUUGACAUGAAUUGGCUUUGGCGGUGCCGAUACGAUGCUACUGCUUCGGAGCGUUGCCUGCAAGAGACACAAAUACGGAAAGAACACGCUUUGAGUCGAACUUCCACUCUACGGAACGUAUUAUUCGAUGGCCUCCUACUGACCAAUCAACCCGCCGAUAUGGAUAAUGCUCGUUAUGACAUUCUUGACGCUGUUGUCCAUGACGGUGCGGUUAUUGUCGCUCAAACUCCCGACACCCUGGACCAACACGAAACAACAGUAGGCUACGUAGGUCACAGCUUGUCGGGAGGGGGUUUGUCCCACGGGCAACUGUACGGCGAUAUCUUUCACGUUGAGACGGCACACAAUGCACACAAUUUGGCGUACACUUCAGUGGCUCUACCACCGCACCAAGAUCUAGCCUAUUAUGAUUCCAAGCCAGGCCUACAGCUUUUACAUUGCGUUGCCAACACCGCCGACGUGUUGGGCGGUGAGUCGGUACUGGUCGACGCUGUUGCAGCGGCACAAGAGCUACGCAACCUUGCACCCGACCACUUCGAAGCAUUGACAAAAUGCCCGGCGACUUUUUUGAAGCAACGGGAAGGAGCCGAUAUGGUCUACCGACGAACGCACGUGGAGCAAGAUUCCACCGGAUCUGUUGUCGCUGUCCAUUGGAGUCCACCAUUUCAAGGACCGCUGUGCAUACGUCCCGACUUGGUCGACAACUACUUUGUCGCGUAUGCGGUCUUGGAACGUAUGUUAGAUAAUUCACUGCCGCGCGAUCGAUUCAUCCUACCCAUCGCACCGGAACUGGAACAGUCGUUAAUCGACUACGCACAUGAGUAUACGUGGCAACACCGACUGGAAGAGGGCCAUCUCUUGAUAUUCAACAAUCAGCGUAUGCUGCAUGGGAGGCGAGGAUUCCAAUUGUUGAGUGCCACGGCGGCGCAGAAUGCUUGUGGGAGAGGAUGA